UAAUAUAGUGUGUGUGUGUGUGUGUGUGUCAUGUCAGUCAUUUGCUGUAAUAUGAGCAUAAGAGGUAAUUGCAGAUUUCAUAUCAGAGCCCAUUAUGCCAUUUGAGCGCAUUAAUGUUUGAUGAGCGUCUGAUUACCUCCUUCCCCAGAACAGCUCCGGGAGCGAUGGAGAUCUGCAGGGCAUUCUGGGAUUGAUUCCACACACACACAUGUGUGUGUUUGACGUUGAACCACACGUCGAGCCCCUGAUCCUGAUGCUGUUAUUGGAGCAGGAAUCACACGCUUCACACACACACACACACACACACGCUCCUCUCCUCUCCUCAUGCUGGAACGGACCUCGGACUGUCUCUCUCUCUCUGUGUGUGUGUGUGUGUGUGUGUGCUGGACUGUAGUGUCUCGGAGGAGCUCCUCUUCCUCGCACCGGUCCGUCAGGGACUCCAGACUGCAGAUUGAUGGGAAAGGCACUGGAUCCGCAUCAGAUGUUCCCGUAUCUCACCUGCUACUACAGUAAGCCGUAUGCCCCGCCCCCUCACCCGAUGGCUCCGCCCUCUCACUCGAUGGCCCCGCCCAGUCCCGGGAGCAGCUGUAGUGCAGUGGAGCCGCUCAGCCGAACCAACCUGUACAUCCGAGGACUUCACCCUGGAACCAGCGACCACGACCUCGUCAAACUCUGCCAGCCAUAUGGGAAGAUCGUCUCCACUAAGGCCAUCCUGGACAAGAACACAAACCAGUGCAAAGGCCUUGGAGUAUGGAGUAUGACUUCUGAGGUGACCUAGCCCUUCUCUAACUCUAAAGCUUUCCGCUCGUAUGAUUUUCCCCAGUGUGUCCGUGAGGAAGGAUUUGAGGAUUUGCCCCGAGAAUGAAGGUGUGACGGAAAAUAAAGGACGAGUGAGGGAUUGUGGGAAAGAGCGGUCACUCAUAAAUAUCUCAUAACUCGGUAAUGGGGUUUGCGGGUUUCCUCGCGACUCGCUGAUGGAUGAGGUCAGGAGAAACGGGGGAGACGCAGGGCUGAGU